CUGGCAGCUUUGUGCACACAUCAUGCGUGGAGAGGACUGCGGGGAAUGAGGAUGACAGCGAACAGCGACUUUUAUAAAUAAAGCGCCCACAGCUGCACGGACUGGUACUGUGUGUCUUUUAGACUUUGUUUAAUGUUCCAGCUGGGAGCAACCGCGGUUCAUUGCAGUACUGUAUGCAACACAGGACGAGUCCUCUCUUGCAUUUCUUUGUGUGUGUGUAUAAUUAGUGUAUAAUUACAGUGCAAUUUUACUGCAGAGAGGAGAGAAAACCGGUCAGAGGAGAGAAAACCGGUCGGAGGAGGUGAACGGGUUCGGGCCUCGACUGGAGGAGCUGGUGUGACGUAGCCGUCCACCAACACAUAGACACACACACCGGCUGCUGCUGCGCCUGCCAGAAUCCCAAUGUGGGGAAAUGACCGCGAGUGACCUCAAAGGAAACACUGUGUUUUAGCGACUGCUUGCAUUUACAUCGUAUACUACAUUAAAGUAAAAUUUACGUGAAAUUUUAGCUUGAUACUUUAAAAUACGUUACAUUACGGAAAAGGAUAAGGUUAGCUGGUCGCGCGACUGUCUCACUAGCUUGCAAGCAGCGGGGCUAACAUUAGCUAGCUAAGCUAAAGUAGCCCGGUUUCUCAUUGCUAGCGGUCGGGGUUUUACAUUUUUUUCUCCUGCAGAUGCUAAGCUAAGCUAGGCUAGGCUAGGUUAGCUGCUGCCAUGGAUAAAGCAAAGUCAAUGAUGGACAAGAAAGGAGGGUCGGGACCCUUUCAUGUCAACAACGGACAGAGCCAGAGGGGGUUCAACGGCCCCGUCGCUGUGGCCGCUAACGGCAGCUGUUGCAGCAGCAAUUCAUUCGGCUCGAGCAACGGACCCAACAGCAGCACGUUUGAGAACAUGCAUCUUCUGCACCGCGGGGACGAUGCGGAGUGCUACGGGUCCCCGGCCAAGAGGUGCAGGCUACGGAGGAGGACGGAGUCGGUGAGACGGAGCAGACCUCCCUUCCCCUGGUUUGGUAUGGACAUCGGUGGCACCUUGGUCAAGUUGGUGUACUUUGAGCCAGUCGAUAUAACUGCAGAGGAAGAACAGGAGGAAGUGGAAAACCUCAAGUCCAUUCGCCGCUACCUCACCUCAAACGUGGCUUAUGGUAAAACAGGCGUCCGUGACGUCCACCUGGAGCUGAGGAACCUGACCAUGUGUGGCAGGACGGGGAACCUGCACUUCAUCCGCUUCCCAACACAGGCCAUGCCCCGUUUCAUCCAGAUGGGUCGCGACAAGAACUUCUCCAGCCUGCACACAACACUCUGCGCCACCGGAGGCGGAGCGUACAAGUUCGAGAAUGACUUCAGAACGAUGGCCGACCUGGAGCUGCUGAAGCUUGACGAGCUGGACUGCCUGAUCCACGGCCUGCUGUACGCCGACCGGGUGGGCUUCAAUGGACACCCAGAGUGCUACUACUUCCAGAACCCAUCAGACACCCAGAGCUGCGUGAAGAAGCCCUGCACCCUGGACAACCCCUUCCCCAUGCUGCUGGUCAACAUCGGCUCCGGGGUCUCCAUACUGGCCGUGUACUCUGAGAACAACUACAAACGGGUGACUGGGACCAGUCUGGGAGGUGGUACAUUCCUGGGCCUUUGCUGUCUGCUGACGGGCUGCGAGACGUUUGAGGAGGCGUUGGAAAUGGCCAGCAAGGGCGACUCUACCAACGUGGACAAACUAGUGAAAGAUAUCUACGGAGGAGACUACGAGCGCUUUGGCUUACAGGGCUCCGCUGUCGCAUCCAGUUUUGGUCACAUGAUGGGCAAAGAGAAGCGAGACAGCAUCAGUAAGGAAGACCUAGCCAGAGCCACACUGGUCACCAUCACUAAUAACAUAGGAUCUAUAGCACGGAUGUGUGCUGUCAACGAGAAAAUCGAGCGUGUGGUGUUUGUUGGAAACUUCCUUCGUAUCAACACACUGUCCACAAAACUGCUAGCCUAUGCCAUGGACUUCUGGUCUAAAGGACAAUUAAGAGCCCUCUUCCUGGAACACGAGGGUUAUUUUGGAGCUGUCGGGGCGCUGAUGGAGCUGCUCAAGACAACAGAGGACCCGUGAAGGAAAUUGUGUCGUGACAUCAUCGACCCUCGACAAGAUGAUGUCAUCCACCCCUGAACGCUGUGAUGUCAUCAACUCUCGAUGCUGUGACGUCAUCACCUUUUGAAGCUGCUGGAAGGUCCCCUUCACAGAGGCUGCUAAAGGAACACUAAGAGACGGACACAGAAACUGAGAAAAGCCAUUUUAAUAAUUUAACACUUGUAAAUAAUGAUAACCUCUAACAUUCAUCUCCUAAAUUUCCCAAACAGAGUCCCCCUAUCAUAGAGGUUUUAAUAUUGUAAUCUUUAAUUUAUGGUUUCCUAUAAUCACCUCUGUUGAUUCCUGUAAUCAGUCCUGUGUCAGGAAGCACAGAGACACAGAGUACUUUAGUGUUUUUUGUUAUUGUGUGUGUUUGUGUGAAUAGCUACUGUAGCAUUACGUCCUGGAUGCUGUGUUGCCCCCGGUGACUCUUUGUGCAACAGUUCUUUAAGAUAGGAUGUCAGCACAGAAAUGACGUUACUCUUGAAUGAGUAAUUGGGCAUUUUUACCACCAGGGACUCAAGAAAAUUCCUUUUCUUCAACCACAGAAACAAUAUUUGACAACCAAUGCCUCCUGCCUUCAUCUGUCAGAGUGUAGACGGACAGUUUUAGCUGAACCUUUCUGUAAUGUUAACUUCUGGUUGUUACUGAUGCUGUAAAACCAUCAAGACUACAGUUAGUGGUCACCCAGCUCCGUACUGCAGCUGGACAGCAGUUGUGGCAGUAGCUAAGCGUUGGGAGGCAUUUUGUUGUUGCCUGUCUGUUGCACAAAAAGUUGCCCACCAUGCUACAGUCUUCUAAGGAGUGCACUGAAGCCAAAUCCUGAUGAGAUUCGUAUGACACCUGCCUCCAUCAGCUCAGAUGGGAAGCAGAAAAACAGUCUUUAAUUCUUUCUAUUGCUCCACUGCACAUGGCCUUUGCUUUUUGUUUGUUUUUCUUCUCCGUCUGCCUACAUGUAAAAAAACAUUAACAACACCAUAUUGCCAUGCAUGCAUACCUAACCUGUUGAGUUUAGUGUUAGAUGACGGGACCAAGUCAUUGUCUUCCUACAGCUGUGUCUGCAUAGUUGAUUUCUGUUGACUAGCAUCACUGCAACUACAGUCAGGAUCCAGUCUGGCUCAGCGACCUGUGUUUGUGAUUUGUAAAAUACUAUGGGAUGGGUUUUUUGUUUGUUUUUGUUUUUUUUUUUGUUUUUUUAUCUAUGUAGGGAAUCUUCUUUUUCUCUUUCUCUUUUUCCUCUUCCCUGUCUCUCAGUGUCUCAAGGACACUUCAGCAGGGUGGAGGCCUGAUUCCUCAACCUGUAGCUCUGCCACCCUGCUGCCUUGUUUGGAUGUUGCAGUGUGAUUUAAUGAGGCGUUCAGGCUGAGCUAAUGCAAACUGAGAUGAAAUUUGCUCCAUGUGAAUCCUGGCAUAAAAAUAGUUGAUGUAGAUGUAGAAGAACGUUGUCACCUUUUGGGGAGACAAGGGGGACUAAGGUGCUUUUUGCCAAAAAUCGCCACUCAUGUAAAAUACACCAACCUGUAGUAUGGAACAUGCCCACAUCCAGAUUGACUAAGCUUGUGUUUGAAGGGCAAUUGGCAGAAGUGAUUUAAUUGCACUUAUGCAAACCAAGUUGUGACACAAGCAAGACUUUAAUAGCUCUAGAUAAGGAAAUGGCCUCAUUUAUCUCUCAGAUGCACAGUUUGCAUGCCUCUGUCUAAGAACAAUACUGUUCCGUUUGUCCUGAUUUGAGUCAAUACCCACACUAGCAUGUGCACCCUAGAAGAUAUUUAAGCGAUGUAAAAAAAAAAAAAAAAAAUGUAUUGUGUAUUUACUGAAUACUUUAAAAUGCUAGUGUGGAUCUUUCAAAUUUUAGUGAAGCCAUGGCCUGAGAUUCUAGGAUGGAAACCCCUCUUGCUUGCCUGAAUUUCCUGUAAUAAUGGAGUGGAGAGUGUCUUUCUGCCAGUUUUUCACGGAAUCUUACCUGAUCUGCAGUAAUUUGGGGGGAAGUUGGAAUUGUAAAUUACAUGCACACCUCAUCCUACAGGCAGGGUUCGCUUGUAAUUUAUUAUGCAUGGCAAUGACAGCUGUAAAGAGGCUUCAUCAUCAGUGAGCGUUCUAGUCACCGUCAGUGAAUUAUAGAAUUAUUAGAUCAUAGCUGUUUUGAGAAACAUGUACCACAAGUGUAUAGUUUCCUGUAAUGUCAUGAUAAUGCCCCCUCCUCCCAGCCUUGACCUUUACAGCCUUUCAUCUCUGUUUAAUGUCAAAGCAGCUGAACUAUAAAGCUGGACGGUGCAAUCUCCACUGUCCACUGCUUUGUAUAUUUAGUACCACUGUCUACAUGCCUUUACUCUCCAGCAGAGAAACUGUGCUCUUUCCCUUUUUGGAAUCACUCAUUGUGUAAUUCACCUCCAUCGCUCAGUUUUUGUACUCUAGACUAUUUGUUGUUAAAAUACCUCCAAACCAUCACUACCAACACUUUUGGGUCGGUUAGUAAUCUGUGUUUCUGAGCCUGAUAUACGAGUGUUAGUUCAGCACUGGGGAUUUUCUUGACAGGACCUUGGAAAUUGUAAAAUUUCACCUACAGUAUAAUAACAAGGGGAAAAACCUUAUCAGCUAGUUGAAUGUUACACAAGUAUUCUGAACGUCUUAUUGACAAACUCAAGUGAUUGCAGUUAUCUUCUCUUCACCGUCUAACGUACCAUUGGACUACCCUUUGAUCCUGACAAAUAACAUGUUUGCUGCUAUGCAGGUCUUAUUUUUUAUUUUUUUUGUUAAUUUGUAAAAAGACACAUAGGGCAGUUGGAUUAUAGGCCACAUAGUUUUUAGGAAGUUGUUAUUUUCAGAUGAUGUUUUUUAUCCACAGCAACUCACAAUACACUGACAUUUUAAAAGUUUUUCUAUGAAAUUGAAUAUGCACCAUUUGAAGCAAUUAUGUUUGCAAAUUAUAGAUGAACAGAACAGAAUCUAAACAGAUGAACAGUGAACAGUUCAUAACUCAUCAGGUAACAGAAUAAUCACAGUUUUACAGAGUGCAUCCUCUGUAGUCCAUGUAUACUAAAGUUAAACAACAGGUGUAACAGGCUUCAUUAACUACCUAUUGGCUUCAAUAAUCUAAAUGCAAACACUUAUUCAAGUGUUAAGAGUAAAACUGUGGUGAAAUACUAUUUGAGUAGUAGUGUUUUGCAACCAUUUCCUCUGAAAACAUUGAAUCAUCCAUGUGUUCGAUCCUGCUUGUCUUUCAGCUGUGACGACACUGCAAAUGUUCUUUUCUGGUGCUUUUUGUUCUUUUUUUGUUGUUUAUUUUCCUUGUUCCAAAUCAUGUUUGGAUGAUAAUAGUGGCCUCGACCUGUCAGGUGCCACUCAGCUUUAAAAUCAGGCUGGUGAUGGUUAUCUUGUGCCACCUCUUCUUUUAAUCUGAAAACCCAAAUCAGUUGCCUUCACUGUGUGUUAGCCUGGUUACACCGUGUUCGUGCCCUUCAGUUUCCUGUGUGAUUUGAUUUUAGUUUCUUACCUGCUGAACUUCACCUCAAAGUUUUUGUAACGUUGUGCAUGCAGAUGCAUCUUUAUGUUCAGGGUUUCUGUGUUUGUUUGUUUGGAUUUGUUUGGGGUUUUUUUGUUUUGUUUAGUUUUUUUUUUUGUUUUUUUUGCCAUUGUACUGUAACAGAUUCAGUGCAGUUAACACACAUUCACGGUUUGAAUGUCAGUGUUCGGCAUUCACAAUUCACCUGCUAGUCCCAAGUGUGUCUUGGUACAAAAACAUUAACUUCCAGCAAUGCAAUGGUUUUGGUAAUGAAAUUAGAUUUUUUUUUUUUUUGAAAGCUACAGCAUUCUUUAGGUAUCACAGAUCAUUAAUGAGUACUGGGAGUUUUCCAACCUUUCUUUUCAUUAUCAAUUUGGGGCAACAGUUAGGUUUGGGAAAAUUGUUUAGAAGGUAUGUCCUUUUAAUUAUUUUUAUCCUGCUUUUUUAGUGGCCAGUAGUAAGUAACAAUGUUAGUUCUCCCGCGUGAUUUGAAAAAUACUGUUGUACUGAAUUUCUUUUCAUGGUUUGAUUGUUUUUGGUUGGCACAAAAGAACCAGUGUGAUUGUUCCUAGAAAUGUACAUCCCAGCUAUCAUGCGCUAUCAGGCUGAAGAACCCUUUUCAAACAUGUUGUGAUUUGCAGCAUUUAUAAAAGUGAUCUCAAUGCUAGUUGUACCUUUUAAACACAUAUCAUCACUGUCCUGCAGAAGCUUUUAUCUCAAAACAGGUGAACACCCAAGUAGAAGGACCAUUUUACAAUCUGCUGUUCAUCGUGUGGCUCCUGGUGUCAGUGCUAUAUUUUCUUGGAAAUAGAUAAAUGAAGACAUACAUGGGGACAUUUUUUAAGAUCAUGCACUGGUCUCUGCAUAAUAUAGAUGACAUGUGUUUAAAAGUUGUUAAUUUUAAAUUGUACCUGUAUGUUUUCAGUGACAGUAUAAUUGUUAUGAAAGUUAUGACAUAAUUUUCAUACUCAACUAAUCUGAAACUGUUCCAAGCCAGAGUUACAGACAUUCAUGUGAAUAUCAUGAGUUCAAAUACUUGUAGUAUUUUUGGACAUAACUAUUGUAUUAAUGUACUGCUGCAGCUUUGGUGUUUUUGACUCCAAAAACCAAAUUAAUACCACUUGCUGGAAUUUAAAUUCUUCACAUAAACUGUGUUUGUUUCCAGCACAACACUCCAACACUCGUGAAAUGCAUCAUUCAAAGCAGUAUCACAUCUUACACUGUAGUUGACCAUUUUGUGAAGUUUUGUCCUUUUUAAAAGUGGCUCACACAUUUUCUGUAACUACAACACAGAUACAGAAUUCAGUCAUUUAAGUAAAUGAUCCUUUUAUGGAUUGAUUUUUCUGUUAUCAACAAUGUGGGUGUUUGUCUGCUUUGAUAACCGUCUGAGUUGUUAUUUUAGAGUUUGGAGUUCUCACUAACACUUUGUUUUGGGGUUAAUUUCCCACCGGGACCAUCUGUACUCAGAUUGUAUUUCUCGCUACUGGAUGGAGCUUUUGCUUAAAACGCCCACUGAACGGCAAAUGUUAUGUCAUCCAUAGUGAAAUCUAACCAACAGGCUAUGCAGUAACUCAUCCAUGAAUCUCUUUGUCCCUUUCAGUACACUCACCUCUUCUCUAAAGCUACCAGUUGGUUUGACUUGUUUGUAAAUGGUUUAAAAAAUAUAUGCAACCCUGUUAGUUUUCCCCUCUUAGAAAUCCUGUUUGAAUCUUGACGGAGAGAGUUUCUCCUCCUGAAGUUUGUCCUGCUGAUUUAGUUGUUAACACUAUUUAAGGUGGAUGCUCACGACAGGAUGUUUUAGGCCAAAUUAUGCACCAAAAUGAGCGUCGCAAGCAUGUUUCUGCAGUGUGAUCUGUGUGAUCCAAUCUUGCUAAAUAUGUAUGCAUUGUGACACUGUGAGAGCAUUGACACAUACAGUAAGAAGCUUUUUUAACAUACCUACAGUUAUUUUUGAAUGGUUCUAUCAUGGCAGACCCUCGUCUCAUCCAAACUGUGCACCUUGUUGGAUGAAUGACCAAGGCUGAAAAGUACUUUAAAUAGGCUGACGAUCUGUGAUAAUGUUCAGUUUUAUCUUUAACAGUGUUAGUUAAGAGAUAGACAUUAAACUGAUUGCACACCUCAUUGCUGUCAAACCUCAUGUUGCAUACUAGUCACAGUGAUAUAAUGUUCCUUGUGACCUUUUUCUUGUUAAAUGUUUUUCACCCUGCUUUGCUUAAUUUCUAUGGAUUUCCUCAGAGGUUCUUAAUCUGUUCAAACAUCCUGUUGCGUGAACACAUCCAGCCUUUAAACUGUCUUCUGAAAUGCUUGGCUGGCAGGACAGACCUUUUCACCCUUGUGUAUUUGAUUGUACAGAGAUUUGUAAAUAAUAUUAAUAUGAUAUAUUCUACACCAGCAAUCUGUCUGUUGAUAAAGUUGUUUCAACUGUUCAGGGUCAGGUUUCCCAAACACGACUCGGCACUUAAUUUACAAUCCUGACGCAGACAGAAGAAGCAUCAAGACAAACCACUUUCCUCUGCAGCUUUAUCACCUUUACCAACAACUUUACCAGAGCUGUGAUAAAUAGUAUUAGCAAAUACUUUUAGGAGUCUCUUUUAAGCCUACUUGUGGUAUAUGAUUGAUGGGAUUUUCCUCAUUAGGACUAGAUACAUUUCUAGAUGUUUUUCUGUGAUUGUCUAAAAUGUCUGGCAUUCAUUGCAUGUAUUGAAUCCACCAACUGGAUAAUGUUUUACAUUUAUUGUCACUCUAAUAUAAUUUUAUCAAUUCCAUCCAGGUCCAUUUUACUUUGAUUAAAAAUAACCAUGCUAAAUAGGUCAAACUUACUCUGAAUAGUGAUUGAGAUCUGAAGGGGAAAUGUGGUAUGUUGAAUUAGACCUUUCCUCUACACUUCUAAGUGUUUAACUAACAUCAAGUCCAAGUGUCUGUUUUCUGUCUGCUGGAUUUCAGUGCCGGUUGUUCACAUCUGCUCCUCUGUUAUCUGGAUCUCGGUGUGAAAGUUUUGGGAAACCCAGUGCUGGUUGUUGGCGUCAGUUCUGCUGCUGCUUUUAACUCUGGUUUGAAAACAGAAAGGGUUAAAAAGAAAAAAAUGACAAUUACAAAAAUGGCCCCCUGCCUUGUGCAAUGCUAUGUACUGAAGUGAAGAGAUUUUUUUCUUCUAAAAAUGAAUUAAACUAAAACUGGAUGA